GCCCAUGUCACAAUUCUUUAUGGGACUCGAAGAUUGCAAUUCAAUGGUAGCCACCAAUUUUUGUCUCUUAUCUAAUCCACUCAUAUCAUCAUCAUGUCAUCCACCAAGAACUCCAAUACCCUCCAUUUCCAGUUUUACCUUCAGCACUCAGAAAAAAAACUAACAGAUGGGUUGUAAGAUCAACACUUUAAACCCUCCAAUGGUGUUCAAGUCCUCCACUUUAAGACCCAGUUUCAGAAUUACAGCAGUUUCCUCUUUUGCUUCUUCAAGCCCAAAACAGCAAGCAUCCACCCGCACAACCAAGCUUCCGAAUUCCGAUGCUUACAGUAUCAGCUUCAAAACUCUGGAAGCUUGCAAGCUUGGCAUCUCCAGAUAUCCCGAUUUCGACUACAAUGCCAAAGGUGGCACAGGAACUGGGAUUGGGACUAAAGAUGGCGACCAUAUUUCAGUAUCAUUCGACCUGCAGAAUCUGUACAUUCCACCACUGACGAGCGAGACCACCAGGAUUUUGGGGUUGCCAUUGCCGCCGGGCCUGAAGAUUGAUAUAGUCCCUGAAUCAUUUCAGGGCAGGAUUGCUCCAGAUUCAGGUAAGGCGGAACUUGAAUUUGUUGCCAAUUUCUGGUUCUCUGCUGGGAGUUUCUACAGAGCUCCUCCGCUGCUGGUGAAGACGGUGCUAACUUCAGAGGAAUCGAGAGGAAGCAUCCGCAAUGGAGUAGGGGAGAGGUUGGAUAAAGCAGGGAAAUGCAGAUUGGUUGGGGUGGCUUCAGUUGAUCCAAUUGAUGAUGUUUUCAUGAACACUUUUCUCAGUCUCCCAACUGAAUGUCUGGCCAUUCUCAAUGCUGUAAUUUCAAUUUCUGAAUAGAAGAAACUAGGUAUUUUGGAGAGUCACCAGUAACAUUCCUCAGUAACCAAACUACCACAAGCAAGACAGCAAGAGUAUCGAGG